CUGGGGGAAAAUACAAGAGAUAGGAACAUCGCGCAAACAGACCUUAAUGGCGACCAGGAUUAUGACCUUUGCCGCUGCAGUGAAGGUCAUGACGAACCUUUCUAUACCUUUGAUAUUGGUCAUGUACUGCGGCAGCAUAGCUUAUGGUUGAAGUACAUGCCUCGCUUCCAACCAUAUUAUGCGGUCAAGUGUAAUAGUCACAAACUGUUAUUGACAGUUUUGGAAAUGCUGGGUUGCAACUUCGACUGCGCAAGCAAGAACGAAAUUGAACGUGUUAUGUCUUUGGGUGUGCCUGCCGAUCGUAUCAUUUAUGCAAAUCCGUGUAAAACCGCAAACUACAUUCGUCAUGCGGCCGCAUGUCGUGUCGAGAAGAUGACCUUUGAUAACGAGGAAGAGCUGUACAAAGUGAAGAAAUUGUUUCCAGACGCCACGCUCGUUCUUCGCAUCGCUGUUUCAGACCCUACAGCAGUUUGCCCAUUAAAUCUGAAGUUUGGAAGCGAACCCAGUCAGGGAGCCCCAGCUCUGUUACGAUUAGCAGCCGCAUUAGAGCUAAAAGUGGCUGGCAUAAGCUUCCACGUUGGAAGUGGAUGUCGCGAUCCCGUUGCUUAUGCUGUGGCGAUCGAACAUGCAAAAAAUCUUUUUGAUUACGGACGAACAUUGGGCCAUCCAAUGCACAUCUUAGAUAUUGGUGGAGGAUUUCCCGGUCACGAUAAUCCAGACGUUGUUGCAUUUGAAACGAUAGCUGAGAUAGUGAACAAAAACUUAGAUAUUCAUUUCGCCUCAGAUUCUAACUUAACACUGAUCGCUGAACCAGGGCGAUUUUAUGCUGAAUCUUCGUUUACUCUUUACUGUUCCGUCAUCGCUUCUACCCGUGUUUCCGCAGACCGAAUCACUAAAAAUGAGUCGAAUUCUAGCGAAGUUGGGUACAUGUACUACAUAAAUGAUGGUGUCUAUGGGUCUUUUAAUUGUAUUCUCUAUGACCAUUGUCAGCCAUCUGGUAAACCUAGUUUGGACUAUUGUUGGACAUCAAUUUGGGGUCCAACAUGUGACAGCUUGGAUCUGGUGGUGUCGAAAUGCAAAAUGGCACCAUUGAAUGAAGGCGACUGGCUAGUUUUCGGUAACAUGGGCGCGUAUACGUUUGCAGCUGGGUCAGAAUUCAACGGAUUUCCGCGUCCAACUAUGAUCGUCGUCUGUUCGGAAGAAGAUUUGUAA